AUGACGCUUUCCAAACUCCAGCGAAUAUUCACCUGUGGCCGUAAGAAAGAUUCAGGUUCCAAACCAGAAAGCAAGCCACAGACAGAUACUGGGGAUGAUGAUAGAGAUGAAUAUGGCGCUUUGAGCGAGGUCGCUGCUCCAAGUCCGGUUGAACACAGAGCAACUCCACAGAGCGCACUGGUGGAGGGGGUUGGAGAAAUGAGUAAAUGUGUGCCUGGGCGUCAAUAG